CCUCUCUUCCUUCCACUAUUACAGUUUUUUUUUCUUUCAAGCUUCUGUUCGCCUACGUUGAAGUCAGUUCAGGGUAAAAAAUAGAAAAAAGGAAAACCUGUUACUGUACUACCUGCUACUCUUCACCACUUUUAAAAGUUGACCGUUUGCUUUUUAAAUAAUAUCAUAUUUUCUCUCUCUCUAAUUAGCACUCACCUCAUAUACACAUUACGGAUUAUUUAAUUUUCUUUUUCUGUUCUUGGAUCUAAGAAGACAAGAAAGAUCAUAAGAUAACUAUUUAUCUGUCAAGUCAAUACUUUGAAAGGAUAAAAUGAUCGACUUUAACAGUUAAUUCGUGCACUGUUAUACAUACGUAAAUAUUCACGCUUAUAGAACCUGUUCUGUUGGAUUUAAUUUUCUAAUUGAAUUACGCCACGAAGAAAACCAUUACAAACUUUUCUAUCAUAUUUCAUCUGGAUUAAAUAUGUCCUGUAGUUACAUUAUUGUGGCCGGAGGCAGUCGGCGCCCUUUUCUGCUUACUAUGCUGUCGACGACGUUUUUAGUUAUGACGAUGAUAGUGAUGACGUCCGCUGAAGACUGCUUGUCAGGGCUAAUGCGGUUUCGCACCUCUCCUUGAAAAAUGCAUUUUGUUGAAAAAAAAAUCGUUCGGAUUCCUACGUUUUUGAUGUCGGGGAUUACAACCGCUGAAAUUACAAGCCUGGAACCCAAAGAUGGUUUUAAAAUUGGAGGUAGAAUGAAUAUCACAUGUAGUUUAACAACUGAUAAUUUGCUUACAUUCAUGCUCAUGCGAAACAGCACUAUAGUUGUGGAGAUACAGUACCAAAAAAAGGCACAAGGCUAUGUAAUCAUAAAAAAGGAGAUGGGUUUUGACUGUAAUUUACCAAGUGACAAUAAUGUGGUUAAGUGCUGGAAAAAUGGCCUCAAUUGUAAUGAUGUAGCUUGGUACAAAUGUGAAACAAACACUGCCAUAUCUUCUUCAAAAUCUCUAAAAGUGAAAUCUUCUAUAAGGAGUUUGCGAGAACCCUUCCCACCGCCUGAGGAGAACCAGAUAUCUACCUUCACAUGUGAUGCAGAUGUUGCAUCAUCUGAGAGUUCUGUCGUCUUCAGAUGGACUGUAAAUCGUGGUAACAAUAUAGAUGGGGUAGAAUCAGAAGACAGAAGAGUACAAGUGCCAAAAAGUAGCAAUUGUUAUACUACAGUAAAAUCUGAUUAUAGGUACAAUGUGACAAUUAGAGACAGCAGCAAUACAACCAUCACCUGUACAAUAUUUUCAGAAAGCCGUUCCCAUACAUUCUCCAUCCCAGGUCGCAUUCCAGUGACAGAGGCACCUGUUGUUGGUACUGCAGGUGGAUUGGAUGGUGGUACAAUUGCUGGUAUUGUUCUUGGUGUUAUAGCCCUUAUCGUACUUGUUGUUCUUUUAAUUUGGUUCUUUGUUAUUCGCAAGAAAGCAGACAAACCAGAUACUAAACCCAAGUCAACUGGUCCACCACCAACUCGGAAGGACUAUGAUGAACGAGAAAAUGCUAUUUAUGCAAAAACUGACAAAAUGAAACAGAGUGAACCAUCAGAGGCGCUGACAGACAACCAUGUGUAUGAAAAUAACAAAGCAAAAGGUAGCAGACGACAUCAUCCCAAAAAGGGCUCCGAGUUUCUCCCGUCUCACGGCGACGCCACUGAUCAGAUGGAUGAGUUGGAUGAGCCCUAUCCCCCACCACCACCACCACCACCUCCGUCCAAACCCAAUCACCCGCCGCCUGUGGGCCUACAAGACCAACUGCACUAUGCUGAGCUUCAACUCGCUGUGGAAGAUUCGAAGUCACGUCGUUCCAAGUAUAUACCCAGAACUGAAACCCCUUAUGCGGAGACAAAACAAACAGGUCGGGCCAAUGCCAACCCACGAAACAAUCAAGACAUAGGUGUCUACACCGUUGAAGGUAAAGCGAACCCAGUAAUGAAUGUAGAAGAUGAAGAUGAUGGUGGCUCCUACAGCCAGCGAUAUGCACCAGGUUCUGCUGUGUGAAAUGGUUACUGACAUUAAGAAAAUAUGUGUAAAUCUUUUAUAUACGUGUAUAUACACACACACACAUUCAUACACACACACAUAUAUGUAUUUUAAUGGCCAUUGUUUUUCAUAUAUAGUAAUUCUUUUUAUACAAAGAUGUGAAUCAUUUAUGCUAUUUUUUCAUUUGUAAAAGAAAAAGUUUAAUUCUGUGAAAUCACACACACACACACACAUGUACAUAUACAUAUGUAUACAUAUACACAAAAUAAUAUUUACAGAUAUGCAUACAUACACAGGAAUGGUCAAAUUUUGCCUCUCAUCUUUUGAGGAUCUUUAAGAUGCUAGUAUUUAACUAGUUUACUUGUUAAAUACUAAAUCUGAUAUAAAUUGUUUAAUUUCCUUCCCUUCUAAAAAAUAUACUGUCAGGCCUUUUCUAAUGUAAGAAUAUAUUUUUAUUAGUAUAAUUAUUAUUAUUAACAAUAAUAAUGAUGAUAAUAAUAAUAAUAAUAAUAAUAAUAAUAAUUCUUUCAAAUGUCGACACAAAGGCAUGAGUGGGUAUGUCAGUUACAUUGACUCCAGUACAUUGCUGUUACUUGAAGAUUCUAUAAUAAUAAUAUUAUUUUCAAAGUGGUGGAUUGGAAGAACUGUAUUGGCCAAAAUGAAUGACAAUAUUUACUUAUGGUCCUUUAUGCUCUAAGUUCAAUUCCUACCAAGGUCACCAUUGCUUUUCGUUCUUUUUCGAGUCAGUAAAAUGCAGUAACAGUCAAAUAUUUAAGUUGAUUUAAUUGAUCAACCUCUUCUUGAAAAUUUCUGACUUUGUACCUGUAUUAGAAAUAAUUGUCAUUAUUAUUAUCCAAAUGUUAAAAUCAAUGUUCUCAGUUCAAAUUCUACCUGAAAUUAUUUCACUUUUCACUUCUAUGGGUUAAGUAAAAUAACUACUAGUGAUGUACUUGGUCUCAACUAAAAUAUGACACUGCCUUCUCCUAAAGAUUUGUGACCCUGUACCAAUGAAAGAAAUCAUUUUCAUGUUUGUUGUUCUUUGAGCAGUGGAUAGCAGAAUCAUUAGAAUUAAGGACAAAAUGCCAUGUGAUAUCUACUGAAGUCCCCUUAUCUCUUAGUUCUCUGGGGUUCAAAACAUGAUGUCCAAUCUGCUAUACCAUUGGCUGCCAACCUUUUCACUUCUAGGACCCUUAUUAUUUAAACAAAUUAAAAGAUGGCAAGCUGCAUAAUCAUUUACAGGUCAGGCACAAUGCCAAGUGUUUCUGGUUUCACAGUUGAAAUUCUGCUGAGGUUGACUUUGCCUUUCAUAGUUUUGCAGUUGAUAAAAUAAGUACCUGUCAAUGUAAUCUACUUACCCACUUCACCUAAAUUUACUGGCCUUAUGUCAGAAUUCAAAACCAUUAUUUAAAAAAAAUUUUUCCAAGUAUCCCAGGCUUUUCAAAGGUCUAACUACCUAAGAAACUUUAAACUUAGUCCACAUAUUUUCAAUACUAAUUUUGUAGAUUUUCACCCAUCAUCAAAAGUGUAUUGUAUGGAUUGCUGUUGAUAGCAGAAUUGGUAAUGCAAUAGACAAAAUAUGCUCCUCUUUGCAUUCUGAGUUCAAAUCCUGCCCAGACCAAAUUAACUAUUAAUCCUUCUGGACUAAUAGUUAACUUGUACAUAAAUUUCAGUUAGGUAAUAGUGGGAAUUGUGUCAUUCUAAAUGACUUUUGCUCCUACAAAAUGUGUGGUCUUGCACCUAUGGUUAGAAAUUCCAAUUUCUACCACUGUAGUAAUCCUUCAGAAAAUAGAUGUCAUCAUAAAUGAUUGACUACACACAAAUGUCAUUGACAAUUCUUUUUUUUCUUUCUUUCUUUUUUUUUUUUUGACUUCUUGGGUCUUUGAUCCUUCUGCAGAAUUUGAUCUAUUGACGAUGCUUUAAAUGAAAUGAAAGUUGUGGAUGGGGUGCUAUAAUUUUUUUUUUUUUUUUGCCAUUGAUUUUAUUUCAAUUUAAAAAUACGAAAUUUUAUUUUUAACAUAUUUUAUUAUAUAUAUAUUUUUUUUUUUUCAUUAACAGUUUGAAAAAGAACUUGACAUGUUAUAUAAAACAAGAAUGUUGAAUUUUAUUCAUUUUUUUACUCUGUGUGUGUGUAUGAAGGGGCGGGAGGUAAUCCAAAAAAAUUCAUGUGGAAACACACACACACACACACACACACACACACACACACAUACACACACACAUUUACAUUAGUUCAUUUGAAACACAUAGCCAAAUAUUCUUUAUUUUCAGAACCAUGAAUAACAACAUCAUCAAUAAUAUUAAUAAAAAUAAGGAAAAAACAACAAGAAACUGAAUCAUCUCAGAGGUUAAAAGAAAAUCCAGUGUUAAUAUUAUGUACUACUACUGUUACCACUAAUU